ACCAUGAGGUAUUGCAUAAACCAGUAAGACACAUUCUCAAUUUUCAUAUGAAUCAUUUGCAAAGUAUUGAAGAGAUUGUGGUUUGUUAUGAAACCAAUUGAUAUUUUUCAAAAAAUUGGCAAAGCAAUAUGUCUGACACUGAUCUUAAAAUAAGCGAUCUUCUUCAGUUUACAAAGAUCUGCGCUUCUGAAUACAAUAACCCCGAACUAAGUGAUCGUGUCUUAGUGUUGGAUGUGAUGCAAGAUGGUUGGGAUAUUGACGCAAUACUCAACAGUAAAAGCAAGAAAACUGCGGAAAACGUAGUAAAAGGGAACGUAGGAGUUGAACUAUCAAUUGAAAGCGACGAUGAUAGUAAAAGCACUGAUAGUAACAGUAGUAGUGACGAUGAAAGUAUAAAUAGUGAAGACAGUGAGAGAAUGGAUUUCACGCCAGAGUCAACAGACACUAUCCUAACAGGAGCAACGCAAUCAAAACUUCUUCACUAUCAAGAAGUAAACACUCCAAUACGUCAGCACAAACUUUAUGUUCACACUUUUUGGCUUUCCGUCCGAAGCCCUUACUUUCGAUCGCUCUUUCAUUCAAGUGGUAUGAAAGAGAACAAGGAUUCUGAUGUCCAUAUUAAAAUUAAUGAAUCAGAAGAAAAUUCAUAUCUUAAUCUCAUAAAAGCCAUCUAUCAACCUGACACAAUUAACGAUAAAACAGUUGACGAAGUGCUGGCUGUUUUGGAGUUAUCGCAUAAGCAUGACUUGAAAUACAUCUUCAAAAAGUGCAAGUACGUACUACAAAGUAAAGUAACGAAAUUUGACAUUGCAAUAAAAGUCAUGAAUGUCGUUAAGGUAAAACAUGAUAUGGCUGAUGUUGAGGAUUUGGCCAUUACUUUACAACUAGUUCUUGCAGAAGAAUUUAGUCCACUGGACCUAAACUGGCAAAAUGAAAAAUUUGUGACUUUGGCUAAACCAUGCAUUAAAUACUUACUAAGCAGUGAUGAUCUGAUUGUUCAAUCAGAGAAUACGGUAUUUCAUGCUCUAAUGUACUGGAUGGAGACAAAUGUUGUUGACUCAGAAAGUUUAAGUCAACAUGAUGAUUUGUUAUCAACUAUAAGAUUUGAGUUGGUCACUGUUGACUAUCUUUACAAUGUCAUUAGAGAUAAUGCAAUUGCAUCAAAGAUGGUCAACUUUCAUGAGCAGUAUUCUGCUGGAAUGACAUACCAUGCAAUUCCAGAAGAACAGAGAAAGCUGUUGAUAAAACAGCCCACUAUCAGAAAGAAAUCUGAGAAAUUUAUUUUUCAGCAUGAAUACAAUCUGAUGCCCAACAAUUUUGACAUUGCACAAGAAACUGAAUUAAACAAAUUAAGUGAAUUUUGGGCAUGUGGAUAUAAAAUGUGUGUUGGUCUUUGCCAUAACAAAAACUCUCUUUUUAAUAGGUACCAACUAAGAUUGUACAUAAAUAACUUAAAGAAAGAAAGUUUAGUAUCCCUAAGAUUUGCUAUACAGAAAACCAAGCUCAACGUGAGAUUGAAUGACAGCACCUUUUCAUUAGAAUCAAACAGUGCUUUAUAUUCAUGUAGUGGUCAACCCUAUAUUGAUAGGACAAUAUCCACAUUGUAUGUAGCUAUUUUACCACAAUGAAUUAGUUUGUGGCUUCCUUAGUUCCAUUGUUUUUGUAGAUGUUCAAUUAUAGUAAAUUUGAUGAUAUAAUUUUGAUCAACUAUUCUUAUUCAGUUAUUGAGAUGACUAUACGUAAAUAUAACAUGUUUGAACAUUA